AGACCUGUCACAAAUUCGUCUGUAUUAUAAGAUGGCUACUAUGGAGCUAAAUGGAAAACUUUGCGAAACCACUGGUUGCGAAAAACCAGCUAGUUUACAAUGUCCAACAUGUAUAAAAUUAAAACUAGAUUCAUCUUUUUUUUGCUCUCAGGAAUGCUUCAAAGGAUGUUGGAACGAACAUAAGAAACUUCAUAAGAAAGCUAAAGAGAUAACCACAACGAAUGGUACUUCGGCUUAUAAUCCUUGGCCUGGAUUCAAAUUUACCGGCGAACUAAGACCUUACCCUCAAACACCUAUAAGAACGGUUCCUAAACAUAUCAACCGCCCCGAUUACGCCGACCAUCCAGAAGGUUUCCCAACUAGCGAACGAGCCAUUAGGGGAUCCACAAACAUUGUUCAAUUAAACGACGAAGAUCAAGAGUCAAUGAGAACAGCUUGUAAAUUGGCCAGAGAAGUUUUAGAUAUAGGCUCUCAGGCUGUCGAAGUAGGAGUUACUGCAGACGAAAUAGAUAGAUUGGUUCACGAAGCUUGCAUUGAAAGAGAUUGUUAUCCUUCACCACUGAAUUAUUAUAAUUUUCCAAAGUCUUGCUGUACAUCAAUCAAUGAAGUCAUUUGCCAUGGUAUACCAGAUACCAGACCCUUAAAAGAUGGAGAUAUUGUAAACAUUGAUGUUACUGUGUAUUACAAUGAUUUCCAUGGUGAUUUAAACGAAACGCUAUUCGUUGGGAAUGUACCCGAAUCGAGCAAAAAUUUGGUUAAAGUAACGCACGAAUGCCUAUCAAAAGCUAUAGAAGAAGUUCGACCCGGCGUAAGAUAUCGUGAUAUGGGAAAUAUUAUUCAAAAACACGCUCAACAACACGGUUAUUCAGUUGUUCGCACUUAUUGCGGACACGGAAUACAUAGACUCUUUCAUACCUCUCCUAAUGUUCCCCAUUAUGCUAAAAAUAAAGCUGUUGGUGUAAUGAAACCUGGACAUGCUUUCACAAUAGAGCCAAUGAUUUCAGAGGGUACUUGGCGUGAUGAGACUUGGCCAGAUAAUUGGACUGCCGUAACACAGGAUGGAAAAAGAUCGGCUCAGUUUGAACAUACCCUAUUAGUAACCGACACUGGAUGCGAUAUCUUAACGGAAAGACCAAAAGGUCAACCGUGGUUCAUGGACAAACUCUGAAAGGCUCUUCAAGUAGAAAUAUAAACUAAUUCUAGAAAAUGUCUUUUUUCUUCUUCUCUUUUUCUCUUUUAAGAAUUUUAUUAGGAAUAUAGAGACCAAAAACACAAACAGGAAGAAAGCAGCAACAAAUGUAACCUCCUACACGCAUUAAGAUAUCCCAAACUUUUAUUAAGAAUAGAUAAAUUUUUAGACUAAAAUAAAACCGAAAUUAAGUGUUGCUUAUUGUUUUUGUACUUGAAAAUUAUCUACAAGAUGACGCUUUACCUACUACAUAUGGUGUCUAAAUUCAUUUCGUUGCUGACGUUUCGCUAUUCUCAGGGAUAGGGCCUGUGGCAAGGUCAUCUUUAGGAGUUGGUAGUCAUGACUAAAGUAUUAAAGAAUAUUAAAUAUAUAUGCAGUGAUGAUAAAAUUGAUGAAUAUUGCAGUCAUCUUAAUUCGGAUAAGACAU